CAUGCUCUGAUUGGCUAGGACGCGCCUGUAUGCAAAUCUAGCCACGCCCCUUACUCCUUGCCGCUCUCCCCAGUCAAGCCCUCCAGGCUUGAAAACUCAACUUUCUUCCAAUUCAAAAGGCAGGUCAGAGGAGGGGAGGGGGGAGAGGCAGAGCUCCUUUUCCUCGAGCUCCCAUUGGUGGAAAGCUUGCAAUUAUGCAAAUGAGGCCUUUGCAAGCUCCUCCUCCUCCCCCUCCCCUCCCGCCAUCUGCCUUUCUCAGCAUUGGAGGCUAUUGUGAGCAGCGCCAAGUUACAACUCCAGGAAAUCUGGUUUAAGGAGGAAAAGAAAGGAAUGGUGGAUUCAGAGGGAAGAAAAGAGGAGAGAAGAGAGAGGAAAGAAGUGGAUCUGGUCUUUCUAGGUGGUGUGUGCUGUUUCUCCAAGGAGCUCCUAGACUUGGUUCCCCACCCAUCUAACCUCAUUGCUUCUGUUUUUGGGCUUCACAACAACCCUAUGAGCCUCGGGCCACGAUGUGUUAGAAGCACCGAAUAAAGCCUUGAUGUGACCUACUUUCCUCGGGCCUCCAACCCCAUCCCCCCAACUCUUUGCAGGCACCAGGAUGAAGCGACACAAGUGAGCUUCCUCCUUUUAAAAAACCAACUCGGCGUUGGCGAGUUAUUCCGCUACGCCACAUUGCAUCAGUCUUCUUAUCCGGAAUGGCCAACACGCCAAGCAAUGGUUGGCAGCAUCAUCCCCAAGAGGAGGAGGAGGAGGAAGAAGAAGGAGAGGAGGAAGAUGAGGAAGAUGAACUUCAGGGGGGCUCAGCUCCAAAUGGAGGCCCCAACAUGAGAGAAAGCAGGCUGGUGGGACACAUAGAUCGGUGGAACAUCUCUUCCUCCUCCCAAGAAAUCCUAGAGGAUGUCCAGCUCCUACAGGAACUAAAUGACUACCAAGAUCUUUUGGAAGAAAAUGGAGAAGAUUACGAUUUUGGUGAGCUUCCAGAGUUUGGUCACUUGGGGAAGGCCAAUCCAGAGAGUCCCCAAGCGGAAUACCUAGAGGGUGAUGAGAUCUCAGAAGACCUAAGCCCACUUUCCUACUGGCGUCCAAAGACGGACCAACAGUUGGACUUUCCAGAGGACAAUCGGGAACAAGACAGCUCCGAGGGACAAGCAAAGCCAGGAGGGGCAUGGGAUGUUGCCAGUGAAGGAGAGGCCUACGCUGAACUUUCAUUUGAGGGCCAGUAUGGCUCAGAGUUCAGCACCAGUCCCGAAGCACUGAGAGAUCCUAUGGCUUUAUAUAAACACAGAAAAUCCCACAGCUUUACCUCAGACGGUGGCGAGGAGGAGUUAUCGGAGAACUCCAACCUCAGUCCGUCUCCCUCGGGGCCACCUCCGGAGCACAGCCGCUUAAAAAUAGAUGUCUUGGAGAUACAGGGACUGGAGAUGGAGGAGUUUCCCCAAGAAACGGAGCUCUCCUCCCUGUUGGAAAGAAGUCAUGCAUGCAGUUCUCCAACGGGUUCCAUGCCUUGGAGUCGUAGACCAUUGGGCCAUCCAUUGAUGGAACACCUUCAGAACUCUGCCAGCAUUGAUGCUGAGAUGUUCCCAGAAUCCUUCUGGAUGGAGAAUGUGGCUCAGCCAGUGGAAACUGUUCUCAAGAUGGCCACAGCCCAAAUGGGGCAGCGUAGGCCUUCAACGCAACGUGAAGGACUUUUGGAUUCAAGGGAGGCUACAGAAACGCCUCCCGCUCUUAGGCGGCUGAGUUACCGGCAACCAGAAAGAGCACAGAAGCUAAAAAUAGAUAUCCCUUAUGGGCUUCCAUCGAAAUUCCGCAGGCAGUCACGGUCCUUGAGCCCUCAGGGAAGAGCCUCCCAAAGAAAAGAUGGAGGAGCUGGGUCAAGUCAACCUAACCAAGCAAGUCAACCUGCCCUCGUAACAGGUGACCCUUUGCCGUAUGGUCGAGGGAAGCUCAACUAUCCACUACCAGACUUGUCCAAAGUGGAGCCUCGGGUCAGAUUCCCCAAAGACUCCGAAAGUUACCAUCCACCCCGAGGGAAGACCAUCCCUGCCAGGUCCAAGGAUCCCGGCAAGCCAGUGAUCUUCAAGUCUCCUGCUGAGAUUGUGCGCGAGGUGUUGAUGAGCAGCGGGGAGGGUUCUCCCCAGAAAUAUGCGGCCCCCACCGUCUCUGUGAUUCCUGAGGAACUGAAAUCCCCACGGCAAGCUACUGAGCUGGUGCACCAGCUUCAGGAGGAUUACCACAAACUGCUGACAAAGUAUGCCGAAGCUGAGAAUACUAUUGAUCGGCUGAGACUGGGUACUAAGGUGCGCUUGUAUGCUGACCCUCCAAAGCCCAGCCAUGGGGUCCAGAUGGGGACAGUAUCUCAGCCCUCCAAGGUUAUGACCUUCAGCAUCCCUCAGGUCAGAGCAGCUGAGGUCACAGGGAGAUCUAGUUCAGUACCAGAACCUGCUCAGAACAAAGGGUUUUCUGGACAAAGAAUUGUUUCCUCUUCCCUUCCAAACUCCGCAGACACUGACAUUCCCAAAGUGGAUGGUUUCACCUCCCCAGGAACAGGUUUCACAGGAGAUGAUCUGACCCAGUUGUUGGCUUCCCAGGCGAAGAAAAUUCGGGAUCAGGUGGAGUCCCUGGAGGAGUUAAUUUGGACUGGGAGGCUGACACCUGAAGACCAGCAAAAGGGCUUUGCAAGGCUAAAAGAAGCUCAGGGUGCACUGGAACAGGCUUACUUGCAGGCUCGAGAUGAACACCGACUUCUGCAGAAACAGCAAGAACCUGCAGGGGCUCUAGGAGAUUUUGACCCCGAUCGUGUAGUGGAAGGAGAGAUAUUCCAUCUGGAGAUGCGCUUGGAAGAGCUGAAGGAGAGACUUGAAGAAGCUGUAUCCAACCAGUUACUUGCCCAGAAGAGGCCAGAGGAAACCAUAUCAUCAUCUUCCCAUUUCCUAGUACAGAGUCCCAAAGCACAAAUGGGUUCUCCAACGCCAUCUCUUCAAGCCCCAACCCCUGCCAUCCAGACGCCAUACCCUCAGGCCUCUGAUUUGGAAAACAGUCGCUACAAAGUCCAGGCGGAUAUGGAAGGAAGCUCCAUCAGCGAUGAGAUGAUAGAGGAAGGAGAAGGUCUUCCAGAGCCCCUUCGCCACAUGCAGCUCCAAGUGGAGAAGGACUUUGACCACCUCUUGGGACACUAUAGCAGCUUCAAGUCAUUGCCGGAGGCCCUGAGCUUGGAACAACUGCACUCUGAAGCGCAUCACUUCUCACCAGAGGAAACAGAUGGUACAACUGCUACCGAAAACCCUGGAACAAAUGAGGACUCUGUCCAGACAGUGCCUAAAGAUAAGAAGGCCACUCGCGUCUCAUCUUCUUCCUCCACAAAGGAGGCCCAACAGAGGAAACCUCUCCAUCUGCUUCCAAGAAAACCUCAACGGCCACCUUACCAGGUCAGAGAUGUGACCUCUGCUCAGGCGGUGAACUUGGCAACUCAGGAGGAGUCCUCUGAGAAGGAUAGGACCUCGGGUUCACUCCGUAAGGUGUCCUCCAGGGAAAAGGAGGAGAAGCUCUCCCCUCACAGCAGCAUGGUCAGUGUUGAGGACAGCAGCAUUUCCGAACGCAUUUCCCAGAAGCCCUUCCGGAAGACCAAUAUGGCGUUGUCGGAGGAUCUCCGCAUUCUGUCUCCGGAGACCGACAGUGGAUUUGUGGGGUCUGAAGCCAGCAGAGUGUCCCCCUUGGCACAGAUGCCAAAGCACCACUCAUCCCAGUUGAGAUCCCAUGGUAUGAUGGGAGAAUCAGUCCCUACCAAUGGAGCCCACCACCCAGCUCCUCAGAAGAAGGGAGCCAUUGUGAUGGAACCACAAGGGGCAGAUGUAUCUCCCAGGAACCGGCCAUCAGAGAGUGGGCUCCAGAGACGAAGCCUGUCCAAAAGAGUCCCACACCGGAUCCGCUCUCCUCGACAGCGGACGAACAACAUUGCCAGUGAGAUGGAGCCUGGCACUGAGAGCUCUCACAACAACUCAGAAGCUGAGGCCGAAUUGCCCAGUAGACAUGGCACUUACAAUCUCCUUCCGGAUGAACCAAAACGCUCUUGUUCUCCCAGUUCCUCCGCUACGUCGCUUUCCCCGUCUCGGAUGCACUCCUACAGUCUUCUGAACUCCCGCAUGGAACGAGACCAGGCUAUCGCAGCUUUGCAGGAUGAAGUUUCACAGCUGCGGCAAAGUCUGGAUGAGACCCUCCAUGGACCUUUUGGUUACCCAAAGCACUCCUCCUCUCCACGUGCCUCUAAACUCCCGAUGCCACCCCAGAACAGUGCCAGCUUCUUCACAAGUGCCGAUCCCACGCGCAAAACCUCGGGGAAAAGAGCAGUUGAAUCUGAGGAUAUGCCUUCUCCGAUCAAAUCAGAAGAGCGGAUGAGAAGAUCAUCACUCGGCCGAGGUGGGACUCAGGAAGACCUCACCCCAACAGGGUCAGAUUACUCUACACCAAAGUCCCAGAAAGGAAGACAGAAAGAAGUCUCCCCUUCUAGGAUGGAAAACCCAAAGCAGUCCACCCUACGAGGACCUUAUACAGGGACACCCUAUGCUUUUCCAAACCAAGCAUCCCGAGAACCACGGAUCAUCAAAGGCACAUCCCUCUGUUCCCAUUGCCAAGGAGCCAAGACACACCUUGGAGAAGCACUCACAAGUACCCCAAGCACCAAUGAGAUUGAAGGAUCUGAUUCCCAGAAGGAUUCAUUUGGAACUUCUCGGCAUACCACUCAAAAGAAGACAGAAGCACCGACAUGCCUUUUCUGCAGAGAUACCGGGAAGCGCAAAACAAAGGUUGUGCAUGGACAAAACCACACCAGAGAGGACAUCCAUACGCAAGACUCUGGUGGACAACAGAAAAGUCACCAUCACCAUCCAUCACAACGACCUGGCCUCUGGUACACUGCGGUCCCACCACAAGUUCCCACCAUUGGCUACAUCCCUACUAUUCCGUUGGCACCUUAUCCUCUGUCAUCUAUAAUAUAUCCUCCUCCUCUAGUGACUACCUCAACCUCUCUCUCCUCCGCUGGUCUUCCAGUUUACAACCAUAGAAAGUUCCAACCUGCAGAGCUGAAAACCUGGGCUUCCUGGCGGAGACUGCGAGCAAAUCCUCACUACUCCUCAGCACUCGACUCUGAUGACCGCAUGCAGGAUCUGAACUGCUCCCUGGACCAUGCUGUGGAAGUGGCCAAAGACAUGAAGUCAACCACUCGGCGGAUGAGCAGGUAUUUGACUUGGGAACUGAAUAAAGUGAGGAGUCUGCGGGAAUCCUGUCUCUUUUGAAGAAGGAGAGAACCAAGGAACUAAAAUCCUACUAGAGCUGCAAGAGAAAAAAAUAGUGGACCAAGAUGCCUAAUGUGUGGAAAGGAAUUGUGAUAGGAUAUUCCAGGGAUUUGAUGUGCCAAAGAAGAAUACCAAAGUCACUUAAUUUUCUGGAGCAACGUCCCUUCUCCAUUGGCGAGUAGCAGUCUUGGAUGCCAAGGAGUAUAAGAAAGUCCAAAUCAGAUGAUUUAAGGGGUGUACGCUUGAAAUUUAAGCGGUGUAUGCCAGCAUUUUCAUACAAUAUAGUCGACUAGAGUCUGCAGCUAAGAACCGAGUAACUAUAUUGGUGGAAGAAAAGGUGGCUUAGUAGCAAAGGAUCAGGAGCCAGUAGUACUGGAAUCACAUGGGGACAGCAACGGAAGCCAUUCAACUCAGACGAUAAAAGCUCAGGAACCAGUAGGUUCAGCUUUAUGGUUUUGUUGUCAUGCCCUACUCCUGGUCUAAAAAGAAGGGCUUUGUACUGACAUAAGUGAGACUUAAGCUGCUAGUCACCAAUAGGAUUCCAGCCUGCAAAAUGUUGCUCCUGCCCUACCCUGAAAAAGUGACACCAUUUUCUGUCUCUUGAAGUCUGCUCUACAUUCACUUUACCUCUUCUCAGUUAUGAAAGAGCAAAGUAGUGGCAGCUUUGGGAUCAAAACAUGAUGUUUUGUUGUUUGUAUAGAACAAGGAUGAAGAAAGUAGGAGAAAGUUCUGAAAACGCACUCUGGAAAGUAUGUAUCUGUUGCCUUUGAUCAGCACCUGAGAACCCUCUUGAAAGCCCAAGAUCAUGAGACAGUCUUCCAGAUACUGGACUGCAGCCCCCAGGAUUCCUCGCCACUGGGGCUUCUGCAGGUUGUAGUCCAAAAACAUCCGGAAGGCCACUCAAUUCCCAUCCCUGCCCAACUCCUCCAGCACUGGUUGAGUUGACCACAUCUUCUUGGAAUGCUUUUCUUCCUUGCCUCAACCUUUAUGUUGCCUUAUGUUUCAAAACCCCUUUUGCAAGGCUGCAUUUAGUCCAUCAAGAAGUGAGUGCCACCUUGUUGCACUGUGAAGGUACUUCAUCUCUACUUCUUCUUCUUCCCUCCUGCUUUGGUGAGAUACCUAUUUCCUUGAAGGCAUCUAAGAAACCUGAAGGGGAAUGCCUUGAAGCUCUUACGGUGACUGGUUGGCCAGGCACCAUUCUUUCUCCUGGUAUGGAAUGAUUUCCAGUUUCUUCUGGGAAGAAGCACUGGCUCAACAUCAGAUGCUGCUGCAACAAAACCUAUUUUCAUUGUUGUUCAUCACUCAAUAUUAUAUAUUCAAAGGUACCACAGGAAUGGAUGGAGGAAACUGAAUGGCCUCACAGCAUCACUAACUCAUGACCCAUAAGGACUUUGUGGAUAGAAGCAAAUACCUACCUCAGGUCUCAUAUGUCCCUGUACGAGUGAGAGAGACUUAGUUUGCAAAGCCUGUGUGGUUCUGAUUUCCAUUUGGCAUUAUAGGAAAGAAAAACGGAUGGAUGGGUUUGUUUGCUUCACCUUUUAGGCAAGGUAGUUGGCCAUUGCCUUCCUCUGAAAUACAGCCAGCCACAAAUGAAUUUUGUGAACUCAACCAUGGUUGUGAGUUUGCAAGGUAAUGUGUGUGUGUGUGUGUGUUUUGCUAGAACGGUUGCAACAAAAAAUGUGAAAGAGCCAAGCUUGUAGCGUUCUCAGCAUUCCUGUUUCUUAAUCAAAUAGCACCCUCAUUUGGAGGGAUCUUUUGUAUAAGAAUGUUGUUGUUUUUUGCUAAAUAAAUGAUUCUUUUCUGUGUGUUUUUUUAA